GGCUAAGAAGUAUUUAAGUGGUGGAGCGGGGCGGCACAUAAGGCUCUGAACACCCCGCGUAUGAAGGGUGGACAGACGCACAUCACAGUGUACCUGUGAGAACCCGCUCACCUGCGAAUGCGCGCUGACAUGCUGUGGGCCGCUGCCCUGGCGUGUGCCCUGCUGGCUGUGGUGUCGGGGGGCGGCACGGAUUCAGGAGGCAUUCCGACCAGCUUCUACCCCCGCUUCAACCCCUUCUUCUUCCUGUGCACCCACCACGGCGAGCCGGAGGGGCCGGCGGGGGCCGAGGGAGGAGGCGAGGUGCUGCUCACCUUUCAGAUAAACGGAAACCCCUCUGCGUACAUCCCGGGACAGGAAUAUCAGGUGACCAUUUCUACUAGUACCUACUUUGAUGGGCUGUUGGUCACUGGUCUCUACACGUCCACCACUGUCCAGUCAUCUGCAAUCCCAGCGUCCUCAGCCUUUGGCUUUGGUGUGAUGUCCGACAGGCAGUUCGGGACUCAGUUUGUGUGCAGCGUGGUGGCGUCACACGUCAGUCACCUGCCGUCCACCAGCCUGAGCUUCAUCUGGAUCGCCCCUCCACCCGGUACAGGCUGUGUCAACUUCAUGGCCACAGCGACGCAACGAGGACAGAUCAUUUUCAAGGACGCUCUGGCUCAGCAGCUCUGUGAACAGGGAGCUCCCACUGAGUCUCCAAUGCGGCCCAGUCUGGCUGUGGUUCAUGGCGAUCAUGCUGUUCUCCGUGAUGACUUUGAGUACAACACACCAGAAGAGCUGAAUCUAAAUAUCUGGUCAGACUGCAGUAACUGUGAAGUUGGAGAGCAGUGUGGUGUACUGAUGCAUGGAAAAGCUGUGAUGUUUUGUGAGCCUUUUGGACCGAGAGAACUGACUACAGUGGCUCUGAACACAAGCACAGCUUCAAUGUUACAGUUUGCUUUGGGAUCCGGUUCCUGUCGGUACAGUUACUCGGACCCCAAUAUAAUCAUCUCGUGCGGUCUGAACAACUCUGAAAACUGGAACACUUUGGAGAAGAUCAGGGCUCCCACUAACAGCAGCACAGUGGUCCAUCUCUUACCUCUACAUCCAGGCUGUAGAGGGGAGGCCAUGCAUCUGCGUUGGAGUCAGGAGUCACCCGUUGGGCCUGAUGGUUAUGAGUCCUGCUGGGGGCUGGAUAACGUACUGCUGGUCAACACAGCCAACCGGCCUCCCCUGCUGGAGGACAACCUGGACCCUCUGGACACAGCCAACUGGCUCUUCUUCCCAGGAGCUACAGUAAAGCAUGCUUGUCAGUCAGAGGGAAACUCCUUGUACUUUCAUGGCGGAGAGGGAUUUGAACAUAGUUUUGCUUCCACGCGAGAUGUGGACCUCCACCGAGAGGAGGGGCGCAGUUAUUGGGAGGAGGACUUUGAGAGUCCAGUCAGUGGAUGGGACAUUAGAGGUGCUGUGUAUGGAACUCAAUGUGGGGAGAUUGAAUCAGGCUCAGCGCUCGUCUUUCUCAGAGACGGACAGAGGAAAGUGUGCACUCCAUAUCUUAACACCACUUUCUACGGCAACCUGCGAUUCCACUUUACCAUGGGUGGUGAAGGGUGCGACCCUGGAGAAUCCAACAAGAACAAUGUUCUUCUGUAUGGCCGGUCAGAGGGCAGAAAGGACCAUGUGCUCUUGGACAUACUUCCAUACUCCGCCUACAGGACACCUACAGUUGUAUCGGUUAGCAUACCAACAGAGCUACAGACUCCAGCUACUCAGUUUUGUUUAGAACAAAAGAGCCACAGUGGGCUUAACCGUCAUGUUUGGGCUGUGGACUUUCUUCAGCUGCUACCUGUGCUGCCCGGUGCAAACACACACUUGGUGCAGUUUUCAAUCAACCUGGGAUGUGGUGCAUAUCAGCCGGCCAACAGUGUCAGCCUUGAGUUUUCAACCAGUCAUGGUCGCUCCUGGUCACUCCUCCAUACUGAGUGUCUUCCUGAGCUGUGUGCAGGGUCACAUCUCCCACAUGGCAGUAUCUACUCAUCAGAGAACUACAGUGGUUGGACGAGGAUCACAAUUCCUCUGCCCAAUGCCGCCCUCACAGAAAGCACACGCUUCCGCUGGAGACAGGCCACUGCUGGAGCAAACAACAUGUGGGCUAUUGACAAUGUUUAUAUCGGGCCGUCCUGUCUGCGUUUCUGUUCGGGUAGAGGACACUGUUCACGCACAGGCUGCAAGUGUGACCCAGGAUUCAGCGGCCCAGCAUGCGAGCUUGCUUCUCAGACCUUCUCUGCAUUUCUGUCAGAGAGUUUCUCAAGCGUGAGACUGUCGUCCUAUCACAGCUUCUCUUCGCUGCGAGGGGCAGAGGUCAGCUUUGCAUGUGGGGUCUUAGCCAGCGGCAAGGCCUUGGUCUUCAACAGGGACAGUAGAAGACACAUCAUUACAACACCACUGGACAGCUCACAGGCCAGGUAUCUCCAGUUUACUCUGAGAUUAGGCAGUCGUAGCAUUCUGAGUUCAUGUCCUGCUCCAGAUCAGCCAGGAGAGGGCGUCCUCCUGCAUUACUCCUCAGAUAACGGCAUUACCUGGACACUGCUGCAGCAUUACGCCUAUCAGGGCUUCCAUGAGCCCAGAAUUGUAUCUGUAGAACUCCCUCCCGGGGCCCGUAAAUUUGGGGUCCAGUUCCGCUGGUGGCAGCCGUACCACUCGGGGCGUGGACAGGACGUUUGGGCUCUUGAUGAGAUCAGCAUGACCUCUGUUCUCUUCAACAUCAUCAGCCUGGACUUUAGCAAUGUGCUGGACGUCACUCAGAGUCUGGGCUUCUAUCUGGGAAACGUACAGCCUUACUGUCAACAUGACUGGACUCUCAGUUUCUCAGGCGAUCACGGCACGGCCUCCAGUAUUCGCUAUGUGGAAACGCAAUCCAUGCAGAUCGGAGCAUCCUAUAUGAUCCAGUUCUCAUUGGUCAUGGGCUGUGGCCGAGAGCCGUCCCCUUACAUUGACACGCAGGUUCGCCUGGAAUUUUCCACCAAUCAUGGUUUGACUUGGCAUCUUGUCAAAGAGGCCUGUCUCCCAGGAAUGCCGAGCUGCUCAGAGUUCACUGCUUCCAGUGUGUACCAUCCCUCUGAAUUCACAGACUGGAGACGGAUCACUCUUCCACUCCCAUAUAAAACCUGGUCAAGUGCGACACGCUUCCGAUGGAUUCAGAGUUACUAUCAGGAACAGGAUGAGUGGGCAUUAGAUGACAUAUAUAUCGGGCAGCAGUGUCUUCAGAUGUGCCGUGGACAUGGCUGGUGUGAUCACGGUCACUGCAGGUGUGAUGAAGGCUUCAGUGGAUCAGACUGCCAGCCGUCCUCCACUUUAUCCUCCAGCGUUCUCUCUGACUUUGAGUCUCAGAACACACUGACGUCAACAUGGCAGGAGGUCACCGGUGGACAGAUCGUGCCUCCCGAUCAGGGCUGUGGUGUGGUUUCCUCUGGAUCGUCUCUGUACUUCAGUAAGGCGGGGCUGAGACAGUUGGUGAGCUGGGAUUUGGACACCGAGUGGGCGGAGUUUGUGCAGUUUUAUCUGCGUAUGGGUGGAGACGGGGCGGAGUGUAAUCAAGCAGACAGCAGAGAGGAGGGGCUUCUGUUGCAGUACAGUAAUGACGGUGGAAUCAGCUGGGGUCUGAUAGCAGAGAUGUACUUCACUGACUUCACCAAACCCAGAUUUGUUCAUUAUGAGCUUCCUCUGGCUUCUAAAACACCCUGCACCCGUUUCCGCUGGUGGCAACCCAUGCACUCAGGUGAGGGUUAUGACCAGUGGGCCAUCGAUGAUGUCAUCAUCCUUUCUGAGAGAGAGAAGCAUGUGAUACCGAUGGCUGAUCCCACACUGCCUCAGAACUUCUACGAGAAACCAGCGUUUGAUCAUCCGCUGAAUCAGAUGGGCGUGUGGCUGAUGCUGGGAAAUGAGGGAAUGGACAAGGAUCGGAACGGGAGUUUCUGUGCACCCACACCCUCUGCCAUAGUGUUCGGCCGCUCCGAUGGAGACCGGAUGGCUGUGACUCGAGAUCUCUCUCUUCGUCCUGGCUACACACUGCAGUUUAAGCUGAACAUCGGCUGUGAGUCGGUCUUCAGUGCCUCAGCGCCCGUACUGCUUCAGUACUCUCACGACGCAGGCCGCGUGUGGACUCUUGUACAGGAGGCCUGUUACCCAGGAUCCCCGGGGGCAUGGAGCUGUGAGGGAAGUGGACGUGAACUCCGCGAGCCCACUGUUUACAACACAGGAGACUAUGAGCGCUGGACCAGAAUUACUGUUAUUUUACCACGAAUCGUAGCCAGCAGUAAGAUGCGCUUCCGUUGGUUUCAGGAGAGCAGUGUACACCGGGAUGUCCCUGCAUUCGCUCUAGAUGGCGUCUACAUCUCAGAGCCCUGUCCUAAUCAUUGCGGGGGUCAUGGAGACUGUAUCUCAGGGGUCUGUUUCUGUGAUAUGGGUUAUACAGUGGAGGCUGAUCGGUCGAGUUGCGUCCCAUCUUCACCAAGUCCCACUGAACUAAUGGAGGACUUUGAGGGUAAACUUAGCCCGCUGUGGCAAAGCCUGAGUGGGGCACACAUUGGGGAUGGCUGUGGCACCAUCAGUGAAGGCAAAGCCCUUUACUUCAACAGCCCUGGCAGACGCGAGGCCCAUACCGUACCCCUGGAUACCACCAACACCCGUUUGAUUCAGUUCUACAUUCGGAUCGGAGGAAAGAACAUGGGUCCAACCUGUACACGACCCCGCAACCGCAAUGAAGGUGUGAUUGUCCAGUUUUCAACAAACAACGGUGUCCAGUGGCAGCUCUUACGAGAGUUGGAUUUUGGGUCAUUUCUGGAACCUCAGGUGGUGACCAUUGAGCUCCCCCCUGCAGCAAAGACACAACACACUGUGUUCCGCUGGUGGCAACCUCAACAGGGUAAACACUCAGCCCAGUGGGGUCUGGAUAAUAUUCUCAUUGGAAUGAAUGACAGCGCUAGAAGUGGAUUCCAUGACACGUUUGAUGGCACAUCUCCAUUAAGACACAACUGGUAUCGAGUUGUGGGUGCAGAGAUCACAGCAGACUGUCUGACUGGAGACUCCGUGUUAAACUUUAACUCUGAGAUCAUGAACAAGAGGCCACGUUACGCUGAGAGCUGGGAUUUUGAGGUGUCUGGCUCUUCCUUCCUCCAGUUUGAUCUGAGCAUGGGUUGCAGUAAGGCUGCGUCUCCAGCCCACGGGGUACGCUUGGAGUUCUCCACAGACUGUGGCCGUCACUGGACUCUCAUCACGGCGGAGUGUGUGCCUCCGGCCAUCGGCUGCUCUGGAUACACACAGAGAUCUGUGUAUAGCGCCCCUCAGUAUCUGCAGUGGAGGAGGGUCACCGUCUAUCUUCCAAGUGCUGCCAUCUCACCUAGAACAAGGUUUCGCUGGAUUCAGCCCCUGUUUGCCCCAGGAGCAGAUGGUUGGGCUCUAGACAAUGUGCUGCUUACCCCUGGCUGUCCCUGGAUGUGUUCAGGACACGGGAUGUGUGACAACGGACGCUGCAUCUGUGACAAGGGUUAUGGCGGUGCUCAUUGUGUGCCUUUAGUUCCUCUGCCGUCUGUUCUGAAGGAAGAUUUCAAUGAGAACCUAAAGCCAGAGACCUGGCCGGAGGUGUACGGGGCAGAGAGGGGCACGUUGAGUGGAGAACCCCUGAAAUCAGGAACGGCGCUCAUCUUUAAAGGGGAGGGACUGCGUAUGCUGGUUUCAACAGAUUCAGAUUGCACGAACACAAUGUACAUCCAAUUUUCAUUCAAGUUCAUAACAAAAGGAGUACCCGAGCGCUCUCACUCGGUGUUGCUGCAGUAUUCAGUGAAUGGAGGAAUCAGCUGGCUGCUCAUAGACGAGUUUUAUUUCCCCACAUCCACUGACACAAUGUUUAUUCACAUGGCUUUACCCCACAGUGCACAGACAAAUGCUACACGCUUUAGAUUGUGGCAGCCUUACAACAGUGGUAAAAAGGAAGAAGUGUGGGUGAUUGAUGACCUCAUCAUAGAUGGAAACGCUGCCAAUAAUCCACCAGUGAUAUCAGAGAGUUUUGAGGGUGGACCUCAGGAGGGAAACUGGCUGUUUUAUCCUGGUGGCAACACUGGGUUCUUCUGCCCGUACCAGAGGGGAGGACUGGAAGAUGACUCGGCCAUGGUGUUUAUGUCCAGUGAAUUGGGUGAACACUCGAUUACCACCAGAGAUAUCGAUGUAAACGAGAACACUGUCAUUCAGUUUGAGAUUAAUGUGGGCUGCACAACAGACAGCUCAUCCUUAAAUCCUGUUCACCUGGAGUUUUCACGAGACUUUGGAGCCACGUGGCAUCUGUUAGUUCCUCUGUGUGCCGGAGGACCCAGACUUAGCUCUCUUUGUUCCACUGAGCUCCACCCUGCCAGCAUCUACUAUCCUGGCACCACCCAGGGCUGGAGAAGAGAGGUUAUCCACUUUGGCAAGCUGCGGUUGUGUGGCUCUGUGAGGUUCCGCUGGUACCAGGGAUUUUAUUCCGGCGGCAUGAGCCCACCCACCUGGGCGCUGGACGGUGUUUACAUCGGCCCUCAGUGCCAGAACAUGUGUAACGGGCACGGUGCGUGUGUUCAGGGCACUCACUGUAACUGUGAUCCGGGUUACUCUGGACCCGACUGCUCUGUCCCUGACAUGCCAAAUCCAGAUUUCCUGAAGGAGGAUUUUGAAGGUGGUGUUUUGGAAUCGGAGCAUUUCAAGUUGAUGAGUGGAGGAAAACCUUCCAGAAAGUGUGGCAUCACCACCAGCGGCAAUCAUCUGUUCUUCAGCGAGGAUGGUCUGCGUAUGCUUGAGACUUUAGAUCUGGACUUGUCUAAUGCCAGGUUUAUUCAGUUUUUUCUGAGACUGGGCUGUGGAAAAGCCUCUCCUGAUCCGCGCUCUCAGCCCGUGCUCCUGCAGUUUUCCGUGGAUGGAGGGCUGAGCUGGACUCUUGUUCAGGAAUUCCUGUACAGCAACAGCAGUAACCAGGCUCACCUGGUGGCCCUCGAGAUCCCACUCAAAGGCCGUACUUCAGCGACACGCCUACACUGGUGGCAGCCAUCUGAGAAUGGCCAUUUCCACAGUCCCUGGGUCAUAGAUAAAUUGGUGGUGGGUGGCAGUGCCAGUGGUUGGGGGCCAUUAGAGGACGACUUCUCUUUCACAAACGAACGCUCUUGGUUGCUGCACCCCGGUGGCACUCGAAUGCCAGUGUGUGGCUCUGACGGUGAAGCUUUUGCCUUCAUCGAGAAGUCAAACACGCGCUACGGUGUCACCACGGACAUCAGUUUGGGCCCGGAUGCCUUCAUCCAGUUUGAUUUUUCAGCUUCUUGCUCCGUCACAUCUUCCUGCUACACGGUGGAACUGGAGUACUCGUUGGAUCUGGGUCUCACGUGGCUGCCACUGGUGAGGGAAUGUUUACCCACGAGUCCUGACUGCACCUCAUACACACUGCAGAGACUGCUGGUGUCCGAUACUUACAACAAGUGGGGAAGAGUUACUUUACCCAUCCCACCCCAUGCUAGGUCCACAGCCACAAGGUUCCGCUGGUUCCAGCCGGCACCGUUUGAUAAGCAGCAGACGUGGGCUCUGGAUAACCUGUACAUCGGCGAAGGUUGUCCUGAAAUGUGUUCUGGACGUGGGUUCUGUAGACAGAGCACCUGUGUAUGUGAUCCCGAGUGGGGUGGUGAGAUCUGCGACGAGCCUCUGGUCUCUCUGCCCACGCAGCUGAAGGACAGUUUCAGUCGAGCUCCAGCGCUCAAUCACUGGCACCUGUUGACCGGCGCCAAGAUCAGCACUGUGUGUGGAGCUGUGGCCUCUGGAUCAGCCCUGCACUUCAGCGGGAGCUGCUCACGUCAGCUGGUCACGGUGGAUCUGAAUCUGACCAGUGCUGAAUUCAUUCAGUUCUACUUCAUGUACGGCUGCAUGAUCGCGCCCAGCGGUCGUAAUCAGGGUGUUCUCCUGGAGUUCAGCAUGAACGCUGGGAUCAGCUGGAACCUGCUCACCGAGAUCUUCUAUGACCAGUACCGCAAGCCUGAGUUUGUAAAUGUUCUGCUGCCCCCAGCGACCCGGGCACUAGGCGUUCGGAUCCGCUGGUGGCAACCUCAGCAUGAUGGGGCUGAUCGCAGCGACUGGGCUCUGGAUAAUGUGCUGAUCUCUGGGUCAGAUUCUCACGCUCAGAUCUCAGACACUUUUAGUGGUGUGGCGUUGCCCAAUCAUGAGAGAGCGCCCGCAGACGGCACUCAUGCCCGCCACAGCAGCUCAUUCACCCACCACGACGACACUGUCGUGAGUGAUCACUGGCUGUUCUCUGAGGAUUGCUCUGUCAAGCGUUUCUGUAACUCUCCGGACGGGGUAAUGGUGUGCGGCGGCACUGAUGGACAGGAAGUUGAUGCUGUCACACAUGACAUAGUGCCUGCCAAAGGCUGGGUCAUGCAGUUUAAGAUAGCAGUUGGCUGCAGUGUACCGGAGAAGCCUGCGGAGAGACAGGUUCAUGUACAGUACUCCGUGAACUUCGGUGUGACCUGGAAGUACCUGGUCCCUCAGUGUUUACCUGCAGACCCGCGCUGUGCCGGACAAGUGUCACAGCCGUCUAUGUUUUUCCCCGCGGAUGGCUGGAAGCGAGCGGUCUACACUCUACCGGACAGUCUUGCAGACACUACGGUUCGGUUCCGCUUUUAUCAGAAGCAUGCAGAUGUGCAUUGGGCAGUGGAGAAUUUUUACAUUGGUCCUGCUUGUGAAAACCACUGUGGAGGUCAUGGAGACUGUCUGGACCAACAGUGCCUGUGUGACCCAGGGUUCACUGGACCCAACUGCUACGCCAGCACCACGCUCAAGGCAUCACUGAAGGAACGCUUUGACUGGGACGGGGUCCGUGGAGCGCAGUGGCAGCUGUUGGAGGGUGGUUACCCCUGCACUGACUGCGGCGUGCUGGUGGAGGGAACAGCAUUGUAUUUUAAUGGGGCGGAUGCCAGACAGGCAGUCACUAAAGAUCUGGAUUUGCGUGGGGCAAAAUUUGUAGAGUACUGGGCCAGAAUUGGCAGUGAGGAGAAUAUUACACUGUGCCAUCGUCCAACCUGUCGCAAGGAGGGUGUGUUACUGGAUUAUUCUAUUGAUGGAGGUGUGUCUUGGACAUUGCUCCAUGAGAUGGACUAUUUGAAAUACGUAUCGGUGAGAAGAGAUUACAUCAUGUUGCCCGAGAGAGCUCUGACCAACGCUACACGUCUGCGUUGGUGGCAGCCGUUCUCGCUGUGGUCAGGUCUGGUCAGGCCGAGCGUGGAGCGUGCUCAGUGGGCUUUAGACAACAUCCUGGUGGGAGGAUCUGACAUCAACCCCAGCACUCUACUGGACACGUUUGAUGAUGAGGGCGUCUCUCACGAAGAGAGCUGGAGCUUCUAUCCCAACGCUGUCCGCACAGCCGGGUUCUGUGGAAACCCCUCUUUCCACUUGUACUGGCCCAACAAGAAUCUAGACGGGUCCCACAAUAUCCUGGCAACCCGGGAGCUUAUUGUUCAGCCUGGGUACAUCCUACAGUUCAAGAUCGUGGUUGGCUGCGAGGCCGACAUAUGUGACGACCAUCAUUCUGUGCUUUUACAGUACAGGAAGGAUGCCAGGUCAGAUGUGUGGCAGUUGGUCCAGUCUGCCUGUCUCCCUUCUUCCGUUAGCAACGUGGGCUGCUCACCAUUCCAGUUUCACGAGUCUACCAUUUACAGUCCCGUCAACUGUUCGGCAUGGACCAGAGUUACCAUUCAACUGCCCGACCAUGUUUCUUCUGGCGCCACGCAAUUUCGCUGGAUUCAGCAGGAGGCCGCUGGUGAGCGCUACAGCUGGGGUGUGGACCACGUGUAUAUCGGGGAAGCGUGUCCGGGUCUGUGCGGCGGUCACGGGUACUGCACCAGUGGACCCGUCUGCAUCUGUGACGAAGGAUAUCACGGUGAAGACUGCUCUUCGUCCAGCAGCGAGCUGCCCAGCACUAUAAAGGAUAACUUUGAGUCCGGUGCGGUGUCCCAGGAGAUCUGGAGUUUGAUUCAGGGUGGUGGGGUGGGCAGCGGCUGUGGUCAGCUCUCUCCUCAUGCUCACGGAGACUCGCUGUACUUCAACGGCUGCAAGAUGAGACAAGCCAUCACCAGGCUUCUGGAUCUGACCCGUGCCAGUAAGAUCAUGUUCGUGCUGCAGAUAGGCAGUGUAUCUCAAACAGACAGCUGUAAUGCUGCUCUGGAUCAGGCCGAUGCGGUGGACCGGGCCAUCCUUCUCCAGUACAGUGUCAAUAACGGCGUUAGCUGGCAUGUCAUAGCACAGCAUCAGCCGAAAGACUUCAUUAAGGCCCAGAGAGUGUCCUACAACAUCCCACUUGAGGCUCGCGUGAGGGGGAUGCAGUUACGAUGGUGGCAGCCGCGACAUGAGGGUGCGGGUCACGACCAGUGGGCGCUGGACCAUGUGGAAGUCAUUCUUGUCAGCACUCGUAAACAAAACUACAUGAUGAACUACUCUAGACAGACCGGUCUACACCAUUACUACAACAGGAAGAGGCGGGCAUUGCGACGGCGAACCUGAACCGGAACCUGCCAAUCACAUAAUAUGCGUUCACUAAUGAAAAUACCACCGUGUUAGGUCACUACUGUCAACAUAUGGCCAUCCUCUCCCAUCUGAACAAUACGUGGACCAUCCAGUCCUAUUUCUAGCCAAUCAAUGCCUUCCCAGAGCAGUGUUAUGGGAAAGACAAAGCACCUAAACGUGGCAAAUUUUAUAUUCACUUGAUGAACUGUUCUUUUUUAUUAUGGUUUUCUUAUUUUAAUUCUCUUGAUGUGAACUCUUACAAGCGCUCCUGAAUUCACCUCGCUCUCUACCACACUGUGAAGUUAUUCUGACGGUUAUGAUGAUCAUUAACCACAGAGGUAAACAGAAGACGUCUCACGUCGAAGCCGUUGUAACAAGGAAGUUAAUGACAAUGUGUUUUGCUGUUGUGUGUCUGUGUUGGGUUUGUUUUGUAAUGCGUUGAUUGUGGUGUUCCAAUCAUUUGUUAGUUUUAUACUAACAUGUAUUUUUGGGCUUUCAUCGUUUUUCUUUUGUGAGACAAAGCACAUGGAGAUGUCAGCCUGCAAGAAGGGAAAAAAAAGAAGUGAAGCAAAAGCAGAGAAUGAAAAGACAAAAAAAGACUAACAUUGUUUUGUUGUUGUUGAUAAAUCUCUUUUUAUAUAUCUUGGUUACUUAAAAUAUUUAUGGUAAAUGGUUCUCCACUUAACCUAUUUAAAGUACACUGUGUGUGGAAUAUGUAUUUUCUUUUAAGUUAUUAGACAAAAGUAAGGUUCUUGGUUGCCCUAUCAACACUCUACCCUCCAUAUUCAGUGUCAUCCAAUUGUGCCAUUAUCCAUCUUCUCGUUUUCCCUUUUUGGUUGAUACCUGAAAGUUUCCGUUGUCAGUGUUAUAAUGUUGCCCUCUGCCCUUCUUGGUGUAGCUCUCCAGUAUUCCAGUAUAGCAAGUUCUUGGAUGGAUAUAUAUAUAUAUUUAUAUAUCCAUCCAUCCAUCACCUUAUAAAAGGGAAAUAAAGAACUAUCAAAACCACCAACUAAAAGUGUUUUUAUUU